AUGGCAUCUUUCGGAAACGGUGUUGGUAGUCCGGCGUCUUCUUCUACAAAAGCGUCACCGCCUGCGGUGAAGUUGGAACCCAUUGAAGCCACUCCAGAAAGCUUCCAAGAGUUCGGACAAAUCAUUGAGGCCACCCCCGACGGCAGUGGAAAGGCUUUCUCUUUUGGCCAUCCUUCUGUUCAAUCCAUAAUCGAAAAGUACCUCCAGAAUCCAAAUAACCCUACUGAUGAUCAGCGUAUCAGUCAGAAUCGUCGAAACACAAGCCUUCAUGAGAUGAACCAACUCGAAAAGCAAGUGAAAGAAGCAAAGAAACGUAGAGAAGCGUUGAAGAAAGCGAGGGAGGAGGACCCGGGAAAGGAAUUUUGGAAGGUACCCAUUGACGAGCUUGAUUUGGAGCAGCUUUCGAUGUAUGCAAAGGCGUUGCAAGGACUCAAGAAGGAUGUCGACAAGGAAAUCCUUUCGCAUUCGAUUAAGGAAGCUGGCAGUACUUCCAUUAAUGAUAUGGAGAAUGUACUUAAUCCAGUCCGUGUUAGGGCUUCUGAUGAAUUAUUACUUGCUGGACAGGUUUCCGGUGGCGGUAAUUCUUUGGUUGUUGGCGAUGAAGAGGAGGGAAUUGAUCUGAAUCUUACACUGCGUCCGGGGUCUGGUAAUUAUCUGGAAAGGGUCGGUGAUAAUCGGAAACCAAUCCGUGUUUAUCAGUUUAUUUAGUUAUAUCUAGG